GAAAAUGACAAAACAAAAAAAGCAAAACAUCUGAGGUGCGUGCAUUGCGUGCGUGUGUUGGCAAAUUUGUGCGAUUUAAAAUAUUUUUUUGUGAAAUUUACGCUUUUAGCUAUUAGGCAACAAACUAUUUAUAGUAUUUGUAUAGAAACAAUUCCAUCGAAUCGAAAAUAUUCAGAUACCAUCAACGUCUCACCCGCACCAACCAACAUCCGCCGACAAUGUCCGAAAAGGAGUUUCUGCGCGAGAUUAGAGAAGAAAUCAAAAGCAGCACAUCGAAAAUGUUGCAGGAGAGCGAUCCGUCAUCACCGGAGAUGGAUCCCCUGAGCGCAAGCGGCGGCGCCGAUGGGCCGAGCGCAACCGAUCCAACCGAAGUCGAUCCGGGUUUCGAAUUCGUCGAGCUGGUUCCGUCGGGAGAGGCUGCCGAUGAGGCGGGUGUCAAAGGGAAGGAUGGUAAAGGCAAGAAAAAAGCCAAAAAGUUGGCGAAGCCGGAAGCUUCUGUUGAUGCGACGUCCGAAAAGGGUGCUAAAUCAGCGCGGAAGUCAGAGUCGCCUCCCAGUUCGGAUGACCUGAAGAAGGAAAUUUCGAACAAACUCGAGAAAGUAAAGGAAAAGUUAAAGGCAAAGAAAGAGAUUUGCAACAAGUUGGACGGAGGGAAGGAUAUCGCGCUCGCCAAUGGAGAGCCGGAGGACAAAGUGGCCGAUGAGGAAGAUAGCGAGAGUGCCGCAUCGAGCCAAAUUAGCUCUAAAAAGAGUUCCAAGGUGAAAGAGAUUGCGGUGUCGCAAUCAGACCAACAGAAAGAAUACGAUGCAAAGGCUGCCGCUAUAAAGGAAAGAAUCAAAGAGAUUCAAAACAAAAUCAAAACCUUGGACGUGAAUGCCGGCGCCGAAAAACCGGCCACAUCGGCUAAAGAUAAGAAGAAAAAGAAACCGGACGGGGAUCCUCCUCUGAAGAAAGCGGACAGCACUUCGACAUUGUCGAGCGUUGUCUCCAACGCUCCCCAGCAAGCUGGCAAGGUUUCGAAAAAUAAAAAGACGAAGCCAAAGUCAGCGGCGGCAGAAGCUGCAGCAGCACAACCUCAGAUGCAACCGCUGCCUCAGCAUCUCGUCCGGCCAGACAAUUUGCUCCUGUUGACGUUACUCACGCUCGAUCCGACCCAACGGGAUGAUUAUCUGAUCAAAAUUGGCAAAGAGCGUUCGUUGCUCGUUUCUACGACGUCGAAACAGACAGCGACCUCUAAAAAAGCCGCUUCGCAGGUUCACGUGUGUCCGAAGUUGAUCGGAUUUGCUGCUGAGCUGAAACGGGCCGCAUUGGUGCACUGCUAUGGGCCACAGAUGAACACCGCCAAAAUAGGGGACGUUAGCCGGCCGUUUUUGACGGUGCAGAGUGUGCAGGAAAUCAAGAAGGUUCGUGAGGUGCGAACCUUCGAGGAAGAAGUUACCUAUCUACUGAAUAAUGGUAAAACCACGGAAAGGGAAAAUUACAAAAAGGAACUUACCCUGGAAAACGUUUCCAAGGCGGAGAAAAACAGUUUCCUUACGGAGCCGAACAAGGCCGCCUUGGCCGAGCUUGUGGAACGUUUGCUCAAAGACGGAGUUGGUUACGUCGUCGAGGGUGUUAUUCGCGUCAAUCAGAACAACAACGCCCAAGCCUUCGUGGACGACCACACGCGCGAUGCGAACAUUUUCAUCGGUACGGUAUUCUUGCGGAAGUGCGCCAUGGACGGGGAUUACGUGAAGGUGUUUGUGAAACAUGGAGAUUCCCAGCAGCAGCAGUCGCAGGAAACCGAGAAAGCUGCACCGAAUGGUUCCGAAGCUGAUAAGAACGAGCUGUUGGCGGACGAGAACGGAGGGGAACGUCUGCAGAACAAUAAAGGAUUUGUGAUUGAGAUCCUGGAGAAGCGCCACAGCAGACUGUGCGUGGGAACCUUUAUGCCUCCGAAUGAGAACUUGUCCCUGGUGCAAUAUCUGAGGUUCGUUCCACGAGAUAUGAAAGUCCCGUGUAUGAAAGUGUACAAACAGAACUGGCCGGAAGCGAUUUUCAAGAAUAAAUUCGCGGAAAUUGAAUCGGUUAUCUACCAAGCGGAGAUAAUUGAAUGGCAGAAUGAAAUUCCAAUUGCGAACAUUAUGAAAUCGAUCGGAAAAUGUGGUGAUUUGGAAGUGGAAAGCCAAGCCAUUCUGGUGGAGUACGAUCUGGAUGUAUCGCCGUAUUCCGAGGAGAUCUUGAACAGUUUGCCCGGAUCGGAGUUCCAAAUACCGGCGGAGGAGCUUGCCAAGCGAGAGGAUCUCCGAGACGAAUGCGUUUUCACUAUUGACCCGUUAACGGCGAGGGACUUGGAUGAUGCAUUGAGUUGCAAGAUACUGAAGAAUGGGAACUACGAGAUCGGUGUCCACAUUUCGGAUGUGUCGUAUUUCCUGCGAGAAGCAUCCGAACUAGACGAACUGGUGAAGCUUAGGGCCACUUCGAUUUACAUGGUUGAUGGGGUGUACCAUAUGUUGCCCAAACCGUUGUGUUUCCUUUGCUCGUUGCUUCCGGGUGAAGAUAAGCUGGCUUUUUCCGUUUUCUGGGAAAUUACUCCGGAUGCAAAGGUGCUAAAAACACGAUUCGCCAAGACCGUUAUUAAUUCUUGCACCCAACUGGCUUACGAGCAUGCUCAGAUUAUGUUGGACAAGCCGAACAAAGACUUGAAAACGGAAGACUUUCCGCACAUCCGGAACGGCUACUCUCCGAACUACCUCAGCCGGAUCGUCAAUCAAUUACAAACCAUUGCCAUUCAGCUCAGGGCACGCCGCAUGGCCAAUGGUAAUCUAAAAAUAAACCAGCCGAAGUUGUCCUUCUUGUUGGACCCAAACACCGGAAAGCCCAUCGAUUAUUCGGUCUAUGAACUGCGCACAUCCAACCAAAUGAUCGAAGAUUUCAUGCUUCUAGCAAAUGCCUCAGUCGCCGAGUUCACACACGCAAAGUUCGAAAAGUUGGCUGUCCUGCGAAACCAUUUCGCACCACAGGACUACCAGUUGAAACAUCUGGCCAAGCAACUCACCAAACAUGGCUACAGUCUCCGAUUCGAUUCAUCCAAGGCGAUUGCCGAGUCGUUCGAUUCGAUAGUCGAAGCCAGUCCGGACCCGAUCGCUGCCCGUGCCGUGCUGAACAUCAUGAUCGCAAAGCCCAUGACCCGGGCACGGUACUUCUGUUCGGCGUUCGCUUCCGCGCCGGAAGAGUUCCACCAUUUUGCUCUGGCCAUUCCCAUGUACACGCACUUCACCAGCCCCAUCCGGCGGUAUGCCGAUUGUCUGGUGCAUCGUGUUCUCGCUGCCGCCCUGGAAGUCGACCAGGUUCCCACGCGAUCGUCGGACGAACUGAGCAAGUUGACUGGCAUCUGCAACGUCAAAAAGUACAACGCCAAACUGGCCGGAGAUGCCAGCUCGCUGUUGUACUUCAAACACUACCUGAAAGAGCGCAAAUCGCUCGAUGCUGAGGCUGCCGUCCUGGAGAUCACUCCGCAUCACCUCGAGCUGGUGCUGAUUGAGACGGGACACGUCGUGAAAGCUAGUCACAAGCAACUGGCUAAAUCGGUCGAGAUCAAAGUCACCGAGGAAACCAAACCCAUCCGGCACUGCAUUCUUAUCUCCAAGGAUAAGAAGUUCCGCCCAACCUCGCUGAUGCUGUUCUCCAAGGUUCGAGUUUCGGUCGUUGUUCUGAAGGAUGCCCUCGCAAUUCGCACCAUUCUGCCAGCGACAGUGGCCGCAGAGCGCAAUGUGGCCGAUGCAACCGUUGCCAUGAACGAGAAAGGUACCGUUGCCGAAGCGGAGACGACGGCGGAUUCAACGGCGGCCUCUACUUCCAAUGCCUCCGAUGCAGAGCUAGAGAAUGCCGCCAGCAAGACAACGCAGUCAAGUGAAUCGUAACGGUAUAUGCAUCCAGGUACUAACAAUUAUACAAAGGAGACUGACUGAUGUAAGUACACUUCGAUGUUCAACCUUGUUCCGUUCCGUGUUCCCUUAAGCUGCAUUGCAUAGCUCUGUGAGGUAUGGUAACCUUAUAUUUUACUACCUAAUAUUAUUUGUUACAUUCACACUCACACUUACUUUAAUAGUUUUAGUUGGUUAACCAUUGCUGUUUAUUAUUCCUGGGAAACAAUUUGAUUGUUUGUACUAAAGUUUUCAUUUCUUCAAUGAAGUGUUUAGUGAAAUGAAAAUUAACUGUUUUCGUCAAA